AUGGCCGAUAUCAGAUCUAUGCUCCGAAAUGAGCUCGCCUCCCGAGGGUCAUCUGCACAGUCUGGAAGCACCAGAAGGGUUACAAAAAAGCGCAAAAUAGAGGGCCCUGAUACUAUUCAACCUGCGCACAAAAAGUCACGACCUACAACACCUUCCUAUACACAAGAUGAUGAUAAUCUGGUUGACUCAGUAAACCUGGAUCGGGAAAUAGCUGAAGAAGACGAGGAAGACCUUUCGCAAAGCGAGGAGACUGAACAGCAGCAACCCAACCAACCAAUACACCCGACAAUAUCAAACCCAACACAAAUAUCCAAUUCCGAUCAAAAAGUUGACGAAGACGAAUGGGCUGCUUUUGAGCGAGAGGUUGUCGCGCCCACGCGCGCCGCGCCAGUGCCUGCCGCUGUGGCAGCAUCAUCAGUAACAGCUACCAUCUCAGCAGCCCCCGUAACCGUCGAAGAGCUCGCUGCCCAGCAACAAAAACAAAAAGAGGAACAAGCUAGAGUUCGGGAAGAAGAUAUCGAGGGAGAAAAGGAAGACGCUGCCCGACAUUUGGAGGAAGAGUUUGAGGAAAUGGAACAAUUGGAAGAGCGAGUAAAGAGGUUAAAGGCGAAACGAGAAGAGUUAAGAGCACAGAAUGUGAUGGAGAGUAAUGGUGCGGUGGUUAAUGCUCAAGAAACCUCGCUGCAGGACGGCGAAGGGAGUGAUGAUGACGAGGAGGGUGAUGAUGAGGAUUGGGACGAUUGGAGAUAUCGGUAG